AUGGUUACACCAUCAUCCAGGACUGAGGCGAAGACGAAGACGAAGACGACGACUACGACUAUAACGACGACAACAGAAGCGGCACCGAAACCGAAACCGGAGUCCAGGACUCAGACCAGACGCUCUCAGAUCAAGAUCCCUGAGCCUAUUCCUGACGAGCCUGUUCUUGACGACAUAUUUGCGCCACCACUUGCGUCUAGCGAUUUGGAAGACGAGGGUACCGCGGAAAAUGCAGACGACAACGUGGAAUCUGAACAGCCUAUUGCUGACAGCUCGGAUUCAGAUGAUGCUCCGCCCCGAGGAGCUAUCUCGUCAACCACAUUCACAUCCCAAGGCCAAAAGGGUGGGCGGCAAACUCGUCGGUCAACACUGAAAGAGAUAUCGAAGCUAAAGGAAGAGCCCGAAGAGUCACAAUCAACGGCCAAGAAGAGGAAGCGCCCAUCAGAUGGCUCCCCCGAAAAGAGCAAGCCCAAGAAAAAUGCACUCCCCAAAACGGAUCCGACUGUAGAGCCUCUGAACAUGGCCAGUCACCUCUUAAAUGCCCAGGGCUUUACCAAGCAAUCCAAGGUAAAGGCCACCUUUGGGAAGAAAAGCCUCCUUGCUCAGGUAGCCCGGUUACCAAAAGCCCUAGAAGAGCCGUCCACGCCCGCCAAGUUCAAGAAGCCUCCCGAGUACAGCACCAACACGCCCCGACAGAGCUGGAAGUUCCUUGUGCCAGAUUCUGUUGGCUCUCCGGUCAAAAGGACUCGCCGAUUAGAAAUGGUUGAACCUAUUCUAUACGAGAACGAUGAUGAGGAUGAUGAUGAAGACGAUGAAGAGGACGAUGAUACCGUGACUUAUAGCCAACCAGGAUCCUUUACGGGAGGUGCCGAACGUGCAACGAAAGACAAAGCGAAAGCGAAGCGAAAAGCCAAUCCUUUGCGCUCAAGAAAGUCAACUGCGGCGAAAGGCAAGGAAGAAGAUGCAGCGCCAAUAACUUCUUCACCGCCGCCCGCCAAGUUUGUCAUGCCCGCCCAACUCUCAGACUUCGUACCACCCGGCAACGGCAACGGCGACGACAUUGGAGACGGCGACCUAUCCGAUGCAAGCAGCAGCGGCCUGAGCUCGCUCGGCUCCCUUUUCCCAGAUAAAGAAGGCGAUGGCGGUGCGCAGUGCCCCUGGUGCGGAGCCACAGUCGACAUGAAGCUACUAAAGGACUUUUCAAACGGUAAACGCCUCAACGUCCGACUUCAAACGAAAUUCUGCGAAGAGCACAGGAAGAAAUCAGCAAUGGCAACAUGGGAAUCAAAAGCCUACCCCGAAGUCGAAUGGUCCACCCUCGAGUCCCGCUUCAAGAAACACCAAACCCGCCUCCUCGACAUCAUCAACGGCGAAGAAUCCUUCUACCGCACCGCCCUCGCAGCAAAGAUCGAGCAAGGUCAAGGCCGAUCCAUGAAGAAGGAGGAGAACCUCAACCCCGGGUAUUACGGCCCCCGCGGCUUCAACAUGAUGUGCGACUACCUCGUCAAGGAGUACAGCGACAUGCUCAAGAAGAAGGCCGUCCACGACAAGGUGAUUGCAGGAAGGGGCUCGGCGGCCUUUAUCCAGGCCGUGUUGGUGGCUGAGCUGGGCGUGCAGCUCAUCAUGGAGGACAUGCUCGUCUCGCCGGAAGAGGCUAGGCAUAUACUGGAGGAGAGCAAACCGAUAGGAGACCUUGUACACGCAGACAAUUGGCUGUGA